GAGUGGCAUAGUGGAAGUGACGCGAGCGAACAGAAGGAUAACUAGCGAUCUGUUUUUGGCGAUUUUUGGUCUGCAUGAAAGUUGGAUCCUUCAGAUCUGGAUUUUGUUGUUGGUUUUAUUUAUCCCUUCAUUCCAACAAUAUCUCAUUCUCCUGUUAAGUCUGUUUUCUGUGGUUUUGUGUGUGUCUCCGCUGUGUGGCGCUGAUUUGCGCACAAACAGACACAGAGAAAGAAAGACAAGCAGACAGGCAGGUGUUUCGUUUAGACAACGGAAAAGAUGUCCACUACCACCGGCGGCGGAGAGUUUGGAAAUCCCCUGCGAAAAUUCAAGUUGGUUUUCCUGGGUGAGCAGAGCGUGGGAAAGACAUCUCUUAUUACCCGAUUCAUGUAUGACAGCUUUGACAACACCUAUCAGGCAACCAUUGGAAUUGAUUUUCUGUCAAAAACAAUGUAUUUAGAGGAUCGUACAGUCCGACUGCAACUGUGGGACACAGCAGGUCAGGAGCGUUUUCGCAGCCUCAUUCCAAGCUAUAUUCGUGACUCUACCAUUGCAGUUGUGGUGUAUGAUAUCACCAACCCAAACUCAUUUAACCAAACUUCAAAGUGGAUUGAUGAUGUCAGAACGGAGAGAGGAGGAGAUGUCAUCAUAAUGCUGGUGGGAAACAAGACGGAUCUGGCUGAUAAAAGACAAAUCUCCACAGAAGAAGGUGAACAGAAAGCUAAGGAAUUGAGUGUCAUGUUCAUUGAGACCAGUGCAAAGACUGGCUAUAACGUCAAGCAGCUGUUCCGCCGUGUAGCUGCUGCACUGCCAGGAAUGGACAGCACGCCUGAGAAAAGUAAAGAGGAUAUGAUUGAUAUUAAACUGGAGAAGCCACCUGAACAGCCAGUCACUGAAAGCAGUUGCUCCUGCUAAUCUAAAGCCAUUUUUUCAACAGCUCUUCUACCACUGGCCACUUGCACCAACCACAUCAAUGCCAUUGGCUAAAGAAUCUACUUCCCUCGGCUCAGUGACUAUCUGGAUUAACCGUGUGGAUGUGUUAAUACUCUGUACUUAUAUUUAAAAAAAAAAAAAAACAAACUAAUAAAACACUGGAUAAGUUAAAUACAGAAAAGUUCAAAUGUCAUCUAUUCUGAAUGCAUGGCAUAUUUAGGAUUGCAGACUGAGAUAGCUUCUCCCACUUCUUCGGUUUUUGCACUUUUUUGAAGCAGAAAUGGUGUUACACUCUUGUCAUUGUUAAAUAAUGAACUAAUAAAAAUUGUGAAUGUUUAAAAAAAAAAA